AUGUAUUUUAUUCUUUUAGUUGCUAUUGCCUUACUCCCCCCCCCCCCCUCCGUGAGCGAACAAAACCAUUAGAAAAAUCGCCAUUUUUUGACCAAAAACCCACCCUCCGUGAGCGAACAAAAAUUUUUUUAAUAGAAAAAAUUUUAAUGGAAAAAAAUUUUGAUAUAUAAGUGAUAAUUAGUAUAAUGAAAUCUAGAGCUAAUUCUGUUUAAUUUUAAACAAAUUGCGUUUUAAAACAUAAAUUUUGCAAAUUAAAUUAAUAUUUGCUUCCCAAUUUUUGCAAAUUAGGAUUUUUUUAAAUUUCGAAAAAAUAUAUUUUUAUAUAAAUUUAUAUAUAAAUUUUUUUUAAAAAAAAAAAUUAACCCCCCUCCGUGAGCGAACAAAAUUUUUUUGUUCGCUCACGGAGGGGGGGGGGGGAGUUAGGGAAGAAUUUAAAAGAAUCCUCUUGGUUAAAGAGCCAAAUUAACCCAGGUGAAACAAAAUUAUACACAGUGUCAAAGAAUGACCUUUACCCAGACAGUGCAUAUGAGAUAAGGGUUUCUUAUCUAGGCACUAUUGGUGCUAAUUUUUUAUUAAAAUGAGAUUGUGAUAGCCAGAGCAACCUAAGACGCUUAUUGGAUAUAGAAAAAAUAGUUUUCCGUACAGACAGCAAUAGAAACAUCAUAGGCCUUUCUUGCUCUGAAUACAAACUAAGAGUUAAAGCUUACAGAAAUUCGCGAGGCUCUGAUGUUAAUGCAGAUACGCAAAUUAUCCAAUAUGAAAUUAUUAUGGAACGAGUUGAAAGUUUCACGCUUAUUCCUAUGAGUACUUUUCCUAUGAUUAUAGUGACUCUUUUUAUGAUAGGAACUGCAAUUUAUAUUUCAAGGCUUUUAACAAAAUAA